ACAACAGACCCCCGCGAAGGAGAUCCAACGAUCGUCUCGACGCAGACUUUGCCAACGUAGCCUUCGAUAAUCAUUUCACGAUGUCUGAAUUGUAUAUUCCUCCCAAGGAAUUAUCCUUCCGCCUUCGUGGCUACGUUAGCAACUACGUCAUCUUCGCCCGCAAUGAGCCGGACCCUACAGUCUAUCACUACGGUGGAGAAACGUCCGCGGAUCAAUGGUUUCAGCUGAUUCCUGGGACAGGGAAUCAUGCAGGGUCCUAUCUCAUCAAGAGCAAAUGCACCGGGAAAGUGCUUUAUUCGAGGAAUUCACCCGAUCCCCGGCUCAGUCAGAUUGGUGGAGACGGGCAGUAUGAGGACAACUGGUUCAGGUUCGAUGUCGGCACCGGCAAGCUCGCAAGCUACUUCCGAAUUCGAAAUGUCGGCACUAACACCGUGCUCUACUCCCGCACACACGACGACCCUAUGUUCUUCAACUACCCAGCAGAUUACGAGGCCUCCGACGACCAGUACUUCACAUUCGUCUUUGAAGAUACGGAGAUAGACAGAGUUGAGUACCAAAUUGACCAGGCGACGGUUCUUGCCUCUGUUCCCGAGGUGAUAGGUACAUCGAGCCUGAGGAACGAUAGCGAUGUCGAUCAGACGGUCGAGUUCGAUUUUGAACGGACCGAAACCCAAUCCUCCUCCUUUGAUUACACACUCGGGUUCACCAUCACAGUGGGAGCCAGUGGAAAGGCAGGUAUACCAUUUGUUGCCGAGGGUGAAGUUAAAGUCGAUGUUUCCAAUUCCCACACGUUUAAUUGGGGCACGACAUCCAGUGAAUCAAAAACUUACUCGGUAAAGUUCCCUGCAGUUGCUCCCCCUCGCCAUAAAAUCAUUGGGACAGCCACCGUUACCCGCUCCAACAUCGAGAUUCCAUUCACAGUCUAUUCGAAAUCUGUGGCAACGGGGUUCGAGGUUGCGACCCAAGGCAUCUAUAAGGGUGUUACCUACUGGAACAUCCAGAGCGAGGUCAAGCAAGAGUCUCUCUGAAGGACCGAUGCUGGGAUUCUGUGUUUGGAUACUGAUGUUUCUGAUUUCGCUUUUGUCUCCGGUUUUACUCGGGGCUUUUACUCGUGCUAUAUUUCUGCCCGGCCACCUCUCUACGAGAAUAAUGGUAUGUAGUGCUCAAGUGUAAGUGGGUGUUUUACUACUUGCAGGAAUGUAGUGGAAAACUUGGAGAAUACUCUACAGUAUUGAAGUACUUACUUAGUUCGCCAUUACACCAUCACUGGCGCAGCUACCAUUCACUUUUGUUCAGUUCAUAUGUAAUUUAAUAAACUUUAUUCUUAUA